AGUUACGACCUCUGCACGUACUCAUUUAUAACGUCGUACUCCUCCGUGCACGUUCUCUCAGCAGUGUUUCCUACUCUAAUCUUUUCUACGAAUUAAUAAUAAUCAAAUUGUUUUUCUCGAUAAAUAUAAAUUAACAAUCUGAAAAUGUCUUUAGACGAGAGAUUUCUCAAGGCCAGCGAGGAAGUAAAAGAACUUUCUUUUAAGCCUUCAACUACAUGUUUACUUGAACUGUAUUCAUUGUAUAAACAAGCCACAGUCGGUGACUGUAAUACUGGAAAACCAAACAUUCUCGAAUUUGAAAAAAAAGCUAAAUGGGAAGCAUGGAACAAACAGAAAGGUUUAAGUCAGGAUGAGGCAAAAGAAAAAUAUAUUAUUAAAGCGAAUGAUUUAAUAAAACAAAGUGAAAAGAAUGAAUAAUAAAUGAGUCUGGCCGGAUUGCCCUCUAAACGAGGACAUACGCUAGUGGCUCAUGCUGCUAACUAACGAUUGCCUAAUUUUUAGUUUUGGUGAAUUUAUGGUUUCGGGAAUAAAAAAAAAUCUAUCGCGUUUAAA